UCUCCGCCCCUUCUCUUCCCUAACCUGGUUUAGAGUAAUUGAUAGCUCUUACCGAGCAAAGGAUUGGAAACUUACCGCAGAGAACAGAAGCUGUGAACCAGCCUAGAGAAUGGACACCAAAACCCCCCCGGACAUUAGCUAGGCUUGUCUCAGACUAGAAGUACCAUGUUGGAUUUUUUGCAUGAACUCCUGAGUGUUUGCAAGAAGAAGUAUGGAAUGGCUGUGAGAGAAGCAGACAGAAGUGUGCUGCAGCUUUAUGAACAAAUUUUCUUAGUUGAGUAGGUAUUUGUAGAUUCAGAGUCAGGAAGAUAUGUAUUAGUACACACUGUAGUUGAAAAAGAAAACAUCUGUAGGUGAGAGUGAUGAAGAGAGACCAAGACAUGCUAGCUACAGUGAGAGAGUAAACUGGGGCAUCUUGAGAAGAAAGCAAAUUUGUGGGGAGGCAAGAAGAGUGAAGUCCAGACAGGCUUUGAAGAAAAGAAGUGAUUGAAAAGGAAACUGAAAAGAAGAAACAGCAAUGGAGUGUGGUGAAAGUUUUCUGAGUGGAACCGGGGAACUGGAACUGGAUCCAGACAUCGUAAGCGAGGAGGCAGGAAAACUGUACUCAGAACUCCAGUCGGUUGUGGAGACUCAUGGGGCUGAUGUGGUGGAGUCGUUGCUGCCCAUCCUGGUGUGGGUUCUGGAAGGACUGGCCAGCUGCCGAGCACAGCUGAGAGAGAAGGAAGAGGUGGCAGAGAAGGAGAAAGGAGAGAGAGAAGACUUAUUGGAGAGGUAUGAGAAGGAGAGGACAUUAAGGAGAGAGAGCCAAGAGCGCUAUCUGGAGCUAGAUGACCAGUUUGAGCAGGAAAGGCGGGCAAUACGUGGAAGAGAGAAGGAGAGGGAGAGGAGAGAGAGAGAGCUGGAGAAGAAAGCCAGAGAGCAAGCUGACCAAUUGGUGGCUUUGGAAGAGCAGAAAGCGGGUUUGACCAGAGAAUUAAACACAUUGAAACAUACACAUAACAAGUUAGUGCUGACGUAUCGUGAUUUGCUAGAGAAGAAAAAGGAGCUAGAGAGGGAAGGGUCCCCUCUAAGGAAUCGCAUUCGCUCCAAAAGCACAGAGGCUCCAUCCAAUCCUGGGCAACCAGAAAUCACAGUAACGCAACAGCAUGAGCUGACACCUGAUGUUGCCUCUGACCCCACUUCAUCCGAAAUGGCAGCUACCAAGGACAGCAAAGUGAUCAUAGCUGAGCCUCUCAGUGAUCCGUCCUUUAUCAAUGACAUCAUAAGCUCUACCCCUGAGCUGGCUCAGUUUCAAGGGCUUGUUGAAGCAAGCACUCCUGUUCGAGCAGGAGAAGGUAGACUGAACCACAGUCUGGUGGAGGAGGUGUGUCAGAGCAAGGAGAAGGCAGAGGAGGAUGAUCAAGAAGAGCAGGAGCGAGAGGGAGAGGAAAGCGAGGACAAGGAGAACGAAAAGAACCUGGAUAGUCUGGAGUGGGAGAUAAUGAGGAACACAGAUUCCGUCUUCUCUGAGCUCUCAGAACUCAGCCGAGAGUAUGCAGAGAGUGUAGACCAGGGGGUCAGUGUGAGAGGCAGUACAGACCAGUUUGAAGAGAUUCUUUCACAGUUUGAGGAACUGAAACACACUCAUGAGAUGGUGGACACUGCUCGAAAGGCUCUUAUUUCACGUGUAGAAGAACUGACCAAUGAGAGAUCUGCUCUGAACCUUGAGCUCGCAUCCUGCCAAGAAACCAUUGCCCGACUAAAGGGAAAAAACAAAGAGAUGGAAGACGAGACCAAGCGACUGCGUAAAGAGCUGGAGACCUUCCAGGCUGAGGACACUGAUUCUUCUCUGCCUAGCUCACGUCGUCGUUUUUCUCGUUCUGAGAUGGCUCGUGUGGUCAUGGAGAAGAACCAGUACAAAGAACGACUGUUUGAACUACAGGAAGCUGUUCGGCGUUCUCAGGCUCUUAGGGUCGCUAAGGAAGGAAAAAUCCCAGAAGACAAACAAAGCAGUGUGUGGAAGAGGUUUAACCGAUUCCUUGGUUUGACUAAGGAUCAGCUUGCUCCAGCUGCAGCUUUGGCCCUUACUGUCCCGCCAGUUCCAUGUCCAUCUCCUUGCUCACCAGUGGGCUCUCCGCAUCAUCUGUCUGUCGAUGCAGCAAAGACAGAGGGUUCGCUGUCUCCCAGGCUGAGGAGGAAGGAGCUGUACCGGGAGAUCCGCACUCAUGUGUGGGGAACUCUGGGCACACGGCAAAUGAAUGGCUGGAGCAUGCCGCUGUCACACACAAAUUCACAGAAUGCAGAGCCGCAUUUGGAGCCUAAAGACGUACCUGUCUUCACACAGUUGAGAAUGCUUGACCAAAGAGAUGCUUCUGCUAAGCUGACCUGUGCUGUAGCUGUGCCACCAGAGGUUUCAGGAGAACAGAACUGUUCUGUCUGGACCAUCACUGGACCUGCCUCCAGCAGUGACGUCACAGUGAUUGACCCAGCACGGUCCAAUACCGUCCUGGACCAGUUCAGCCUCCCGCCCACCUCUCCGGCUCUGUGCAUUUGUGCUGUCCCUCCCACUGGGGAAACUUCUGGCACUGUAUGGAUCGGAACACAGGAUGGAAGUGUGCUUGUUCAUUCAGCCUCUGCCUCUAGGACACGUUUGCAGUCUGCCAAUCUCUCAGAGGGUGUGCAUUCUCUCACAUUUUCACCAGGUCAUGUGAUUGCUGGAUUAGGCAAUGGAAUGCUUGCAUUUUUCAGUCACCGUUCAGGUGGAUGGGAUCUUCAGUCACAUGAAGCCUUUUCAGUGGGUACAGGCCCUUUGCAACCCAUUCGCUGUUGCCUAGCAAAGCACAGCUGUCUGUGGGUGGGAUACUGGAAUAAAGUUUACAUGGUUGACGUCCAGAAUCGGAAAGUGGAGAAGUCCUUUACAGUGUCGCAACGGAGUGAGCAGCAGGUGCGCUUUCUGUGUGCAGCAGGAAGUGGAGUUUGGGCUUCCUGUCGUCUCGAUUCUACCCUCAGGCUUUUUGAUUGGACGACUGGACGCCCUCUACAGGAGGUCGAUGUGUCCUCUAUGAUUACUAAAGCUCUAGGUGCUGCAUUCCUGUCCAUGUCACCUCUUCAGAUCACUGCCAUGUCUGUGGUCAGUGGGCGGCUGUGGGUGGGCACAGGGAGUGGGGCCAUUUUGUCUGUCCCACUGUCACUCAGUUCAGAGUCUUCCAUCCCGUACUGCUCUCUGGCUUCCGCUCAGUUGUCUUUCCAUGGGCACCGUCAAGCAGUUAAAUUCAUCAUCUCUGCUCCAGGCUGCCGUAGUUGCUCUUCCACAGUGGAUGGUGCUCCUAGUUCUCAUCUCAUCCUCAGUGGAGGAGAGGGCUACAUCCAUUUCCGUCUGGGGGAUGAUGGUAGUGAUGGAACUGGCGAGUCUGUUCUACUGCGGUCGGAACGAAGUCACAUGAUCAUUUGGCAGAGUCCGACCCGCCCCGUUCCUAGUUCCUGCCUUUGAGAACAGAUCCAUUUAAAGCUAUGCUAUCAGUCUCAACUCUUCUUACUUUUGUUUGUGUACUUUUUGUGCACAUUUUACACAUUUCGCCUUUGUCUGUAGCCCUGUCUCGUUUUGUAAGUCAAGCCCUUUAACAAAGCCAAAGUUGGUAAUAAGUAAUGCAAAUGCACAUGACACAUGCAUUAUUUAUACUAACUGGGUAUCCUUAGCACUCAUUGUUGAUAAUUCAGCAAUGGUAUAUGUUUGAGAAAAAGACAAAGAAAGAAAGAAAAAAUUAUUGCAGACAAGACCACAUUUUACUGAGCCACAACCAAUAUCUGAUUUGUUUUUUUGGCAGUUAGGGAUUGAUAAUGUGUUUCAGAUUUCUCUGUGUCUUAAUCUUUGCUUAUAAAUGUUGCAGUGCAGUUUUGUUCCUGGUUUUCUUUUAUUUUCUGUGUUUAAAGACUCAGACUCACUACUGGAAAGUUUUUGUUGUAUUCAUUACAAAAUGCCACCCAGGUCUGUUUUUUUUUUCUUUAAUUUCUGAAUUGCACCAGACUACAUGUUUUGAAAGCUAUAUUUAUUGAUACCAUGUCAUCUCAUAUAUGUUCCUCUACUUUUCUUAAAAGGCAAGGCUUGUAUGUUUGUUGUGUGUUGUCUUGCAAAGGGGGGCAUUUUGACAACUUCUGGGCAGAAUCUGACAUUUCUGGUCCGUGUAAAUGUGAGUGUGGAGAUGUCAAAUGUUGCUCUCCAAAGUGAAGCUGCUAAUAUAAGCUCAGCACAGCAGCCUUUGUGAUGAAUCUGUGUAAACAUAGGUCAUUUGAGAUCAUUUCAGACUUCGUCUAUUUGCCUUGCCAGCAAAGUGAAACAUGCAGGUUUGUGUCGACACACUAAAUUAAUAAAUUCUUGUCAGAUUGACAAUCUGUUCAAUUUAGACGAGGCCUGUAGAAGAUGUGGAAAAUACAUCUCAAGUGGAUCACAGUUUCAUUUUUGUAACUGGAAACAUUCUGUAUGUCUGUGGUGUCUUUGUAAUCUGAAGUGAUUGUUCUUGAGAGAUUUGCCUGUGAUGAGAUUUUGCAGUAUUUGAGCACAAAUGAGUGAACAGUGAGUGUUUGACAAGAACAGAAAAAAUAUGUGAUGAGAGAUUUGUUUGGAAAAUAUGCAGUAUUUUUAAUAAAAAAGAUUUUGAUUCAAA